AUGCGACGCGAUCUUAGAUAUAAACUGGAAACAUGUAAUAUUAAAAUAAGGGGUUCCGAGGAUAAGGAGCUGGCCUCCCUUGCAGAGGAAGAGAGGGCGGGGUACGUGGAGAGGAUCCGUGACCUCGAGGCACAGCUGCGGCACGCCCUGGUUCCCGAGGCCCCCGGAGGGGACUGCAGCGAGGUGGUGGUGGAGGUGUCGGCGGGCGUGGGCGGCCAGGAGGCCAUGCUGUUUGCCCACGAGCUGUUCCACAUGUACCGCUGCUACGCCGACCACAAGGGCUGGCAGGCGCAGGUGGCAGAGCUGGAGCAGUCUGACCUCGGUGGGCUGCGGCACGCCAGCCUGCUGGUGUGCGGGGACCAGGCCUACCAACACCUCAGGCACGAGGCGGGCGUCCAUCGCGUGCAGAGGGUCCCAGCCACGGAGAAGUCUGGGCGCGUGCACACCAGCACCGUGACGGUGGCCACUCUGCCCCAGCCGGCCGAGGUGGAGGUGAGACUGCGCGACAAGGACCUGCAGGUGGAGACGAAGCGGGCGAGCGGGGCCGGGGGCCAGCACGUCAACACCACGGACAGCGCCGUCAGGGUCACCCACCUGCCCACAGGGCUGGUGGUGGACUGCCAGGUGGACCGGUCGCAGAUCAAGAACAGGGAGAUGGCCCUGCGCACGCUGCGAGCACGGCUGUACCAGCGCGAGACGGACCGCCAGCUGGCCGAGACUGCGGCCGCGAGGAAGCUGCAGGUCGGCUCCAGUCUGCGUUCGGAGAAGAUACGCACCUACAACUUCAACCAGGACCGUGUGACAGACCACCGCCUGGGCAGCACGCUGCACAAUCUGCGAGGGUUCUUGUCGGGGGCGGAGGCCCUGGACUGCCUCAUCCGGGACCUAGACGAUGCAGAGAAGGCUAGCCGGCUGCAGCAGAUCUUAGAACAAUAGACUCUCAGUGCAUUACAGGAGCAAGUUCAUGAAUAAGACGAAGACUUGGAGAGGCUUCAUAGAAGUAGCGUUUUUAACAGUUUUAUAACUGUUUGUUCAUCACUAAGUAUCCAUUAAGUUCAAAAUAAAUAUAAUUUUCACUAUAGAAAAAAAACAUUAUGAACAAUAGUUUAUAGCUAUGACUGAUCAGACUUUUAGUCUCCAGUGUAAGUUAUCUUUAUCUGUGUUGACAGAAGUUAAUAAAGUUUUUAUAUGA